UCUUAACACAUAUAUUUGUUUUGUAGCUUCACAGACAGAAGUCAAAGACAGUAAACAAAGUUUCUGUUAACAUCUUUCUGUAUCUUAAAAGGAAGUCAAACAUUUUCUGUCAUUAGUACUGAAAUACACAUUUGAAUUAAUCCUCAAACUUUUUGUUUCACAUUCCUUCCAUGUUUCCAAUUUUAACAAACCUAUGAAAUUAUUGGUAGGUGGAGGUUUUCUAUUGUGAUCUGAUGUCUUCUUCCCUUUCUAAGUUAGGACCGGGUUACUGACAGCCUUUAUUUGACUUGAUUAGUGGUCUGAUCAUCAAAUCUUAACUCAUCAAUCCUGGAUUUGAAAAAACCACAUAUAAGCMUCCACUAGUAUCAGCUUCACUGACCAAUUGGUGACAAGUGGAAAGAAUUACAUAGUGUAGUAGAAAACAUCUGGAAUCUGAAAAUCCAAUUGGUCAAUCAUGAACCUUGAAAUAUUUUAUUGUCUGUAAUCUGUCUUCUGUCUUUCUACAAUUAUUGUUGACGUUUUCACCAGGUCACCCGGAAGUACGUGCACAGACAGACAGUAGGUGGUGCUGGAGAACCCUUUCCUCUGGAAAAAAAGUGAAGAAGAGAAGUGUUUUACAGUAAAAAACCUAGAGUUGAAUAUGAAGUGUUAGGGAUAUGUAAAAUAAUUAGAUGUUAGUCCUAGCCUAUACCUAUGAUUUCAACAUUAAAGAACAACAGCAAAAAAGGGUGUUUUACUUGAAUAUUUCUCUUAAUGAAACAGAAGUAGGCAUCAGCACACAAUCCGCAUCACCAGAUCUUCUACACAAGAUGGCGCUGUUGAGAAAACAUAGAGUUUGUCUACCAUAACAGUGAAGGAGGAGUGCAUGGAGUCUGAAAAAGAGUGGAGAGUCUGUUUACACCAGGUGCUGCUUUUAUGAGAGGAAAAUAGUAGAAAGAAGAAAAACCCCUUCUGCUUUGAAUCUUGGAUCUGAACUCCCACUUGUAUUGGCUUCUGGAAAAAAUGUGGGAGCUGGAGAAGAAUGGAAAAGAGAGGAAAGAUAAGUUUCUCAUGGAUUAGCUGCUUCCACUUGUGUUUUUUGCUCAUUUGCACUGCUUUUAUAUAGUAGUGUCUAUAUGCAGUUCAUAUUUCAGUUCUUCAGCUGCUUAAUGUCUCCUAAGGUGAUGAGUUUGAGCAUAUUGGUGGGCCUGGGUUGUCUGUGUGAAUCAAUAACCAAAGUGCACAUAGGAAGAAAAUGAGUAUUCCCUGGACAAAGCACACGUCCACCCUCCAAGUGUAAUGGUCAAGUGUCAUUCAAUUUCCUCUGAUAUAAAUUCUGUGGCACAAUCAACCAAAGAUGUUCCUGAAACAGAGAACAAAGAAAUCAGGCAGAAUAAUGACAGGAAGGAGAUGAUGUCAAAUCUGAGUUUUAAGCAGAUCUCCAUUAGUGAGUGCCGAUCUAUAUCAGCCAGGAACCGGACCCUUUGGACAAAGCAAAUAGCCUUGGACAAGAGGCUGGUUUUUACCAGGUCACUGACCACUGUCUUCUCAGAGUGGAACGGUAGAUAUCCAAAGAAGAUAUUUAGCAAACAGAGUUUUUCGGGGGUCUUCAGAUAACUUUGAGGUACCUGUGCGCCAACUUGCACUGCUGGGCUUCUGGUAAAAGCAUGACAGCAUUGCUUGUUGCAGUGAUGACUUUGUGCAUGUUUCUGAAAAAGAGAUGUCUGAAGUUUAUCUUGAUGAAAAGUAACCACCAAAUGUGGGUAUGUAUCUGCGCUGGGAAUGCUGAAAUAACUUUUGCAUGUGUGAAAAUAUGUCUACUCUUUCUAUAUUUGCACACGGUGAAUUUUGUCACCUCACGGUAUGCUGAAAAACACGUAUUGGAUGGCCGAAGAAGAAACAUAGGCCAGGAAGUGGCUACACAACUAAAAUGAACCUGCAGCUGCUUAUUUCAAAGUUUUUGUAUUGAGCAUCUGAUGGACGAUGGACAGAAUGCAGCUCCUGAUAAUCUGGUGUACUGCCUUUAUUUGCAUUUGUGGAGAAAAUGAAGGUAAAGCUUUUUUUUCCCCAGUUUCUUUCUUUAGUUUUAAUUUUAAGAGAUGUCUGUUAAGAAAGCAACAAAGGAGAUUUUAUUUGAGCAUGAUUGUGACUGUGUAUUUACGUGACAGAAAUGGCAGGUUUGUUUCUUUCAAUUGAUUUAUUUGUUUCACUGAUGAGGUUUAAGUCAGGAGUCAAUUAAAACAAUAAAAAGACAAAUUUUUAAGAACAAUAUUUAAAUAGCUACUGGAUAUUUAUGUUAUAAGCUCUAAAAGCUUUUAAAACUAUAUUGUCUAUUGUAAUCUUAUAAACAAGCAAUAGUCAUAUAAAUAAAAGACCCUGUAAUAAUUAUGUAUUGUUUUGUACAGUUUUACUGAAAAUGUCUGGCAAUGUUUGGCAAUAAGCACUUUUUAAAAAUCAAAUUAAGCAUGAUAUUGUACUUGACAGUACUUUGAAAAUUGUGUCAUUAAAAUCAAAUUAAUCUUUUGAAAUUACAGUUUCUUUAUGUGAAGUGAUGGCCGAAGUGCUAAGAGGAGAAGCAAAACGUGUUUCCCCUGGAGAAAAUCUGACAGUCGAGUGUCCAGUCAAACACUGUGGGGAGUCAUUCAGUAUCAUAUGGUUUAAAUUCUCUAACACAUUAGAGAACUGGGAAAACAUUUCAGACACAGACAACAUAAGAAUCACACAGAAAGAUGACAAAGAGAAUCUGAUCUCAUAUUUAAGUUUUGAGCAGGUUUCUAUUAAUGAUGACGGCCUGUACAGAUGUGCUUUAGGACACAGUAAUGAAUUUACCAGCCAUCACAUCAACAUCUCAGUUUCAGAACUGAACAAAGGAGUAGAAAACCCUGAUGAUGAUGAAGUUGGCUCAGACAGUAUUGGUGACGAUCGCUCCUGGUUAUCCGUCUUCCUGAUCUGCAUUACCGUUGUAUUUCUGAUCGCUGCAGCGAUAGUGUUGAUCCUCGUGUUCUUUCAGGGCUGGAAACGAACGUGGACCCGCUACAAUAAACAUCAAGAGCAGGAAAUAUCUUUACAUAUGAUACCAGAACUCCCCAAAGCGAGCGCCCCUUCUCCGCCCGGCCUGCGAACUCAUUUCUCAGUUCUGAACGACAUCUAUUCUACAAGACAACCGGAAAGAACAGCAUCAGCAUCACCUGCUCUCGGUCUCACUGGGAGCCAGCUGGCUGUCACAUACACAACAGUGAAAACAGAAGCGCCUAACAGCGAAGUGUACGCUGUCAUCAACCACCUGCAGCGUGGGACAACAGUCAGAAACUACACAUGUGAACAAGACUCAAAGACAAAUUACGCUGUUAUCAAUGUGACUUAAAAGUUGAGUAAUUUUCACUGACUAAGAAUAACUUAGAAACAUCCAUACUUGUGUGGAAGCGUCAUGGAACGGUGUGCAGAAAGAGGGUUGUGGUCAUAGAGCUUAAAGUAGACACGAGAGGCAUCAAAGGAUAGUGUUUUCUUGUGUAUUCAUCAUUUUAUGUUAUUAUAGGAUUUGAAAUGUUGAAAGCAUUAUUUUUUUAACAAAUAUAUGUUGUACGUUACCAUUACUUAAUAUUAUUAAAUGCCAGAAAUUUUAUGUCACUUCAUACAACGACUUUAAGAAAAAAAAAACACAUAAAGCCAUUCUAUCACACAUUUCCUGUAUAACAUUCAGUGUGUCAUCAUGGCUGCAUUGACACAAAUUUCCUAACUUGUAAACCACAGUUGAGUGCUUUGGCUCAAGAAUACAGGAAGUUGAAGGUCGAAUGUUUUUUUGUGUGUGUGUGUGUGUGUGUGUGUGUGUGUGUGUGUGUGGUGAAACGAGCGUCUUAACUAAGAUAAGUAUCUUAGUUGUCACCUAAGAUACUAAAAAAAAUCAUGAAAGAGUUAGUCAAAUUCAUAUUUAAUGAUAAAAAAUAUUUAAGACCAAUCAAAUACUUUAUUACAGAAACAAUCAGCAUGCACAGGCAUCCUGUAAAACUUACAAAACAAAAGAAAUGGACACAAAAGGCCAACAAGACAGGUUUGGUAGAUUUUAGUUCUUUAAUAUGAUACUAUUGUUACAGAUACAGUCAAAAUUAUUCAUACCCCCAUUUGACCAACAUGUCACGUUUGACUGGAAGUAUCAUUAACUUCUUGAAAUGGUCGGUCAGACUAACAAUCCACAUUCGGUUGAUAAUCUGUGGUGGGAGCUGAAGACUAGAGUGAUGGGAAGAAGAAUGACCAACAUAAAAGAGCUGGAGCUCACCACAAAUAAUGCCAAUAAUAAUUUUUCCUUUGAUCAUUGAGAAAUAUGUAAAUACAUUUUCUCCUGACUCUUUUUAUGAAGCUGUAAAUGAGAAGAGUUGUUGAUAGUCAUCUGAGUUCUGUCUUUUGAUAGAUGCCUGUGUCCCCUUUUUUAAAUUUUUUUAAAUCAAAAACAAACCUCUAGCUUGAAUAAAAAUAAUUCUAAGCCUAACUCUGCCUGGGAUAUUUGUCAUUUUUCUGGAUUCAUAAUGCCAAAGGCAUUUAGUUAGUUAGUUGCUUAACUAACUUUAUUUGCAGUUUGACAAACUGAGACACAGGAAACUCUGUCAAGGUAAGAUAUAGGAAAAACAUUUCUAUUGGAUAAAUGUGUUUGUUUUACUUCAUAAUACGUAAAUAACCAACUGAGAAUAGGUUUACAUGAGAUUUUAGAAGACAAAAAGAAAAAGAAUAAAGAACAACAGAAACACUGGUAGAAUCUUGACAAUGUUUUGUAUUUCGUAAAAUAUUUGUGGUUUCUAUUGUAAAAAAACAAACAAACAAAGAAAACAAACAAACAAAAACGCAAAGCAUCAGAGACACAUAUCUGCUUCUUCAAGGUAGAUUUGAAACUGUUUUCCCAGGCCUCACUGGGAGCCCUGAUUUUCUUCUUUUCACACCACAUCUUUGAAAAAAACCAUUUGUUGACACAUUUUCUUGUAGUCGACAGGUAGAUGAUACUGAUCUGGUCUCAGUUUGCCACCAAGUUCUAAUUUAGGCUGAUUGUUCUUGUUUUGAGUACUGCGAUGCAGCAGAUAUUCCAUUAUUCAAAGUGAAACUGACCCACAAAAUGCCAACAUGUCUGAUCUUUGACAUCACUCCAUUUGUUGUAGAACUACUCUGCUCCCGCAAUCAAUUGUAAAUCAACAAUGAUCAACAAUAAAAUCAGUUAUAAAUUUAAUUUAAAAGGUUUGCACUGUCUUCAAGUGUGCUAGAUUCAGAUUCAGAUGAUUAGGUUGUUAAUGUGGCUAAAGCUACUAUCCUGUAAUCUUAAUGCACCACAUGAGAUGCAGUGUCUUUCAUUUCUGUCUCAUUCACCUAAUAAGAAACUUUAUUCUAAAAAUAUAUGUGAAAGAGAUGGGAAAAGGUGCAAUAAAGAAGCUGCGUCGAGUAAAGAUCAUAAAGGUAAAUGAGACUGAGCUUCAAGGGUCCGAGAAACAGGAAAUGCUCAGGAGGUGGAAAAAAAAGUGACAGACGGAGGGCUGCAGGAAUGAAAGAGAAGGUUUGCAGCAACAUAGUAGUCAGACUUGCUAUGAUCAUGUCUGGUUUUGAUGCAGAGACACUUGAGUAAGAUCGGAAGUGUCGAGGUGGUAAARGUGAACAUGCACUUUUAYCAAGGUUCCUAUCCGGAAAAUAGUGAAUAAUUGUAGUGACGUCUCUGUGUAAAACAAAAACGAAGCGAUGCUGAGCUGGUUUGGACCGGCGCAAAGAGGAGAUGUGAAGUUAGAAACGAAAAGUAGAGAAAGAUAAGAAAUGUAAGCUGGGAUUCUUUUCUAAUUUAGUWAWUUUUUUUGUUACAUCACUGUAAAAAAAAAAAAAGCUGCUGCUACAAAUCCAAUAAAUGUUGCAAGUAAUGCUGUGACCUGACUUGCCGAGAUAUCAUUUUAAUUUGAUCAUAUCUAACACAAUGUUCCUUAAUWAAUCURUUCCAAGCAUUCUUUUGAAUGUGUUGUUACUCAACAAAAUGUCAUGAUGAAAAUAGAAAAAAAUGCCAGUGAUUAAUAAGACCUUUUAUAUUUUCCCCAGCAGAAUGAUGUGAAAGGUGAAAAGCUGAGAUUACAGCUGCAUAUUAAUUCCCCAUUGGAGGAAUCAACCUCUGUCUUGCUGUGUGGAAAUUUUUACUUUCAGCAAUCUGGCAGUUGCAACGCACACAAAACCUCUGAGAUUAAAACUAUUAAACUCUUUCUCUGUCACACAAGCAGUCAUCCUCACUGCGACGGGUUGACAACAUUUAUGUGAUCAUAUGACUGCUAUAGAUUGAGUGAGAGCAGCUUUUUACAGUCACAGAACCAAACACCACCACCAGGAGCAUGAUCUGCCCUGCUGCAUUCCUCAAGCAAAAUGUAGUUGAUCCAAAAUAUACAUAUGAUAUAAGACACACAUAUCUCUCUGAAAUGUCUCACACAUAAGUUUAUUUUACRCACGCAUUCCCAAAUAAGCUUUCAAGCAACACAUACAUGCGCGCUUUAUAUUUUUGAGAUAAGUUACGUGAGUCUAAGUCUGAGAGGUUCUACAACAUGAAUCAUUUCUGAAAUGGUUGGCGUAAUGUCGAAGACGUGGUGGUGUAACACAAAUUCCUAKCCUGGCUAACGUAAUCAAUAAUUAUUUUACAGCUGACAAGUGCUAAUUUAAAUACCACACGUGCUUUUUGUGCAGGAAAACGAACGUUGCCAUCAAUUACUUAGUUGAGAAAGGCAUGGUGUAAGUUUCUGAAAGCAUAUGGGUGCAUCUUUUUUUCACCAUUUCCGGAGAUCCACCCUCAGUGCUCUUGCUUAGAUGAAAAAAAUCAGCAUCUGGCAGGCAGAUUUGGUACAACAGGGAGGAAUUUGAUCGUUCUAUAAAUCCCGUUAGAGACAUACAGCAUAAAGCUCCAAAAUCGGUGACAGAGAGACUCCGUGGUUACUUUUUUCAGUCAUUUAUUUAUUCUUUUACAGUUAUUUUACAUAUGGUGGUUUUCAUAAUGUGUCUUCGCUGAAAUACAGUAUCUUUGUGUGAUUGAAAGCCUUCAGCGGGAAGGAACGUUAUUCCUAACGUAAUUCUGAUGACUUCCAUGUCUUACAUCCGUCAAUAAACAAGAAAAAAAUGCAGAUCAUUCGCUUCAGUAGCUAUACUGCUUCAAGUCAUAAUAAAAAGCCAGUUAAUAAUGCAAAAACAAACAAAAAAAAAAGAUCAACUAGAAGCAUCAAUGCAUUUUCUUUUAUGCUUUGAUGUUUCUGUGUGUUUGGUCCAGAGUGAGAGGGAUUUUUAAAGAACAGAGAGAUCCUUUGAGCUGUUUAGCCUGAAGUGCUCAAGUCAUUUUUUUAGGGCAUUGAGAGAGAAAGUGCCCGACUGCACAGUGAGCAGCAGGACACGCAUUCCUUCAGGGGCAACUAAAAGGCUUUUGAAAUUGAUUCCAGCCAUCUGACCGGAGAAUUUAACAUUUAACAAAAAACAUACGCACCUUAUAAUAAAAAAAAAAAAAAAAAGAAAAAGAAAAAAAUGCUGUGAAAAACAUUUGGUAUGCAGUGCCUUAUGAAAGUAUUCAUGACCUUUGAACUUUUUAUCAUUUUGUCAUGUUGCAAACAUUGAAGCGUUUGCCCAUUUUUUCCAUGCAAAAACAGCACAAGCUCUGAAAUCUUUGCCCCACUCAAUCUCUAGCAAACCUUCCAAAACACGAUGUUUCUACCUCCAGGAUUCAUUGUGGGGAAUAAGCAGCGUUACUUUUCUGUCACAUGUAGUUUACUGCAAGUAGGAAAAWAAUUUGGUUUUCUUCUGUUCAAGAUGGCAUGAAUACUUUUGGAAGACAGAUUAYAGUUCACCAUAAGAAUUUUAAUUUCUUAAAUUUGUUUAUAAACCCUUCCAAGCUCUCAAAAUGAUGAGCUGUCAAUCUUAUACUUCAAAGACAAGAUUUGCAGUAUUUGUAAUGUUAAAACUUCAUUCAAGUUCAAAUUUGUUUUUUUUUUGAGUUUGUAUUACAUUUUAGCAAGUAAGAAAAAUAGAAAAUAUUAAGACACAUCUCUGAGGUUCAUGAAAAAAAAAAACAGACAACCGCAGAAAGGUUUUCCGAGGUCAUGUAAUGUUCUG